AUGUACACCUCGACUGUUCUGCUGGGCUCGGUCCUUGCCCUCAUCGCAAAGUCCAACGCUCACGUUGUCAUGAACACCCCCACACCAUACGGCUUCAAUACCCUCCAGACCUCGCCUCUCAACGGUCAAGGCUACAACUUUCCUUGCCAAAGUGGAAGCCGUGCCAAUGCUUUCGACGCUACUGGUGUUUCCAACCCCAUGAAGGUCGGCGAAGACAACGAUCUCAAGUUCACUGGUAGUGCUGUCCAUGGUGGCGGCUCUUGUCAACUCAGUGUGACCUACGAGUACCCUCCUCCUGCCGACAAGUCCAAGUGGAAGGUCAUCCACAGUUAUAUUGGUAGCUGCCCAGUACAUGCCGAGGGAAACAUUGCUGAAGUCGGAAAGGAUGUUGAUGGAAGGCCAACUGGAGCUCAAUGCACUGGCGAUAACCAAAGCGAGUGUCUGAAAGACUUCAAGUUCCAGAUUCCUGAAGGUAUGAAGAACGGCAAUGCCACUCUCGCCUGGACUUGGUUCAACAAGGUUGGAAACCGCGAGAUGUACAUGAACUGUGCACCUAUCUCGAUUACCGGCGGUUCCGACGAUGACACUUUCUUCAACAGCCUCCCUGAGCUCUACGUUGCCAACAUCCCUAAUGAAUGUAAAUUCAUCGACCAAAGCCUCGUUGUCGGAUUCCCUGACCCUGGCAAAUUUGUUACUUACGGCGAAGCUGCCACACCUGGCAACUUUGGCUGUCCUACCAGCGCUGACACUGCACCUGGCUCCGGGUCGAACUCAACCCAGAGCUACACAUCAGCUGUUCCAUAUGUUGCCAGUUCUCCUGCCACUGCUCCUACAUCUUACGCCGCAGCGCCUUCACAGUAUGCUCCUGUUCCCAGUCUGGCCACAUCUGUCAGCGCUGCUCCCAUGCCAUCUGGCACUGGCUACGCCGCAUCUGUCAACGACACUUCUAGCGCUUGCACCGGAGGCAAGGUCUCAUGCCCAUCUCCAGGUGCGCUCGUGUGCAUCGACGAGAACACCUUUGGCAUUUGCGACAUUGACAACUGCGCUGUUCCUCGCCCCGUUUCUCUUGGUACCACCUGCUUAAACAACGUUGUCUCCAAGCGCGAUGUCGUGAGAAGAAGAAGCUCGAGAAUCCACCGUCACAUCCCCAACCACAUCCACCACAAGCACAGCUUCUGA